AUGGCCCAUGAUGAUGAGGACUGCAAGGCGGAAGCGGUAGCCGACGCAGUGACUGCCAUGCAAAUCAAACACGAUACUUCAACAGACAGCCCUGCAAUUGACAAUAUCCUAUCAUCGGAUGCUGCCAAUGAUCAUGCAAAUGGUUUAGUCCCUCUCUCAAAACCUAGCUCCACUAAAAGCCUCUCCAAGUCAAAAUCUCAAAGCGAGACCAGCUCUCCCAGUGGGAAAGACGAAGAUGAGCAACCGAAAGAGAAAGUGGCCGGUUCCAUAACCGUCAAAUUGGAACCGGGUCUACCACCAAAGCUGUCACGAACUGCUUCGCAGAAAGUGGUUCCUCGACCAGCACUUCUCUUCGACCAUCUACCCGACAGUACUGCCGAAGCUGAGUCAACUUUUCAACUCAUGAAUGAUUGCACGUAUUCCAGUAAAUACAUGGGUUAUACGGAACAUGCUAUGGAAUGCGACUGUGCAGAAGAGUGGGAUCCUGUGGCUGCCAAAAAUAGAGCCUGUGGAGAAGACUCAGAUUGUAUCAAUCGAGCCACAAAAAUGGAAUGUGUCGGAGAUUGUGGAUGUGGUGAUGAAUGCGAAAAUCAACGGUUCCAACGUCGACAAUACGCCGACGUGUCCGUCAUCAAGACUGAGAAAAAAGGCUAUGGCCUGCGAGCCGAAUCCGAUUUGCGACCUAAUCAGUUCAUUUUUGAGUAUAUUGGCGAAGUCAUCAACGAGACACUCUUCCGGAAACGUAUGCUAAGUUACGACGAAGAAGGAAUCAAACACUUCUAUUUUAUGUCCCUCAGCAAGGGAGAGUUUGUCGACGCCACAAAAAAAGGCAACCUCGGGCGUUUCUGCAACCAUUCGUGUAAUCCCAAUUGUUAUGUCGACAAAUGGGUUGUGGGCGAGAAGCUUCGAAUGGGCAUUUUUGCUGAGCGGCAUAUCAAGGCCGGUGAGGAAUUGGUCUUCAACUACAAUGUCGAUCGCUAUGGAGCUGAUCCGCAGCCUUGCUAUUGCGGAGAGCCGAACUGCACAGGCUUUAUCGGUGGGAAAACACAGACUGAACGUGCAACGAAACUGUCCAAUGCCACCAUCGAAGCGCUUGGUAUCGAUGACCCGGAUGGCUGGGAUACGGCGGUUGCAAAACGGCCGCGCAAGAAGAAAACUGGCGAAGACGAUGAAGAGUAUAUUGACAGUAUGCAGCCCAGGUCAUUGAACGAAGAUGGUGUCACCAAGGUCAUGGCCGCUCUUAUGCAGUGCAAAGAGAAAUGGAUCGCCGUAAAGCUACUUGGCCGUAUUCAACGUUGUGACGAUGAGCGCGUGCGAAACCGCGUUGUCAAAAUGCAUGGAUACAAGAUUCUCAAUUCGCAGCUCAGUGCCUGGAAAGACGAUUUUAAUGUUGUGCUGCAAAUUCUUGAUAUCCUGGAUAAGUUCCCGAGACUUACUAGAAACAAGAUUAUCGAUUCGAAUAUUGAGUCAACUAUCAAGCCAUUGGUUGAAUGUGGUGAUGAGCGUGUGGAAAAGAAAGCAGCGGCUCUUCUGGAGGUCUGGUCUACACUGGAGGUUGGCUAUCGAAUUCCUCGAAUGAGGAGGGACCCUGCAGCUACGAAUAACACCCCAACAGUCAAUCGCUUCGAACGACGAGAGUCAUCUAAAACCGACACACAACCCACAUCAAAUUCUCGAUCGCGAUCACGAUCCCGGUCCCGAUCACGUUCCAUUGAAGCUCCGCGUGCCCCUGCUGCUCUCCGAAAUAACAUAGGUCCUCGUAAUUCGUACCAUCAUGGCCCGAGACCCUUUCGUCGACCACCGUUUGCCAACCCGUUACCCCAAGGAUGGUUCGCUGCGGAAUCGAAUGGGAAGACGUACUAUUAUUCUGCCUCAGGUGCCACGACAUGGAAACGGCCAACAACUCCCGCUGCACAACCACCCCCACCACCAAAACCCGAAUCUAAGGACAAAGCAUUGCAGGAUAUUAUUGAUGGUAUCAUGAACGCGAAAGAGAACACCCCAAAAACGCAGGAUAGGUCGGAGACCCCUACUACCUCCACACUCAGAGAUGCAAAAGCUCCAGAGAAAAAAGAACACAAGGAAAAGUGGCGAUCAUACAGUGAAGAAAAGCAAAAGAAACUCUAUGAGAAUACAAUCUUUCCUCAUGUCAAAUACGUUGUGGAUAAGUUUAAACACAAGCUACCAAAAGAGGACCUAAAACGCUAUGCGAAAGAGGUGGGGAAAAAACUUGUGAACUCUGAUUUCAAAAACAACCGUGUGAGCGACCCAACAAAAGUCAGCGACAAACAAGUCAAACAAAUCAAAAAGUACUGCAAAGAGUACUUUGAUAAAGCGGUUGUGAAGCAACGAGCCUACGAAAAGAAAAAGGCAGAAAAGAAAGCGAGGGAUGCCGUCAAGUCUACAACCGAAGACUCAAAGGACGAGGUCAAGAAUCCUGAGUUGUUGCUAUCACAGGAAACACAGGACAUCAAAAGGGAGGAUGAAAGCGACGUCGAAGAUGAUUUAAAAAUGUCAGAUGACGAGAUGGACAAGGUGGAAGAUAAGAAAUCUUCACCAAUGAGCGUCGACGAAAAUAGCCUCAAGCGGAAGAGGGGUGCUGAUAGCAGCCUCGAUGCGGAUAUCGAUAGUAGGGCCGCUUCCCCUUGUAAAAGGACAAAAUCAGCCACUCCGCCUCUACCAGAUUCAGAAUUAACUCCAGGCAAGGAUGGUGCCGAGGAACGCUCUAAACUCGAGCGGGAAGAGCAAGAAAAUGGUGAUGGAUAUAAGAGUGACUCUUCCUCCAUGGGAAAGCGACAGAGGUCCUUAUCGCCUCCGCCUCCCCCGCCACCUCCACCACCUGCGGAUGCAUACGAAAUGUGUGACGUGGGCGAUGGCAGUAGCAAGGAGGGCACAGAACUUGGUUUGGAUGAAGAUGGGGAUCUGCACAUGAACAGAGUGCCAAGUGUCGCAAUACCGGAUCGAAAGAGCGGAAAUGAAGCAUUGGAUAAGGAGGUCUUAUAG